UUGAAGAUAAGAAAGUGAAUUAUCUGUUUUAUUUUGUUUCGGUUAAAUAUGAUUUGUUUGAAUAAGCUUAUUUUUCGUAAAUAAAAGAUUUAUCUUCAAAUCCAUCGAGUAAAAUGAGAUAAUGGGUAGGUGAUGGCAAAAGAAGUUAGUAAUAUACAGGAAUAUGUCAAAGAAUAUACAACUGAUUUGUCGAGUCUGUCUGAGGAAAUGUAAAAGCAGACAUGUUUCACUACUAGAAGUUUUUCAAAUAAAUGCGGAACAGGCAUCAGUAACAUAUGCCGAGGCUUACAAGGAUUGUACGCAAUUGGAAAUCGAAAUUGGCGUGGAUGGCUUACCCGUGUGGCUGUGUAAUAGCUGCAGUCGAGAUCUUCAAUAUGCUUAUGAGUUUAGGAUUAAGGCAAAGAAAAGUGCUGGCACACUCCUUAUUCAGAUAAGAGCUCAAAACGAAGAAAAAUCUCGCCGGGUACCAUCACCAUCCGAAUUUGAGUUACCUGAUAAUAAUGCAGCGCUGGGUUAUGCUCUCGCUGAUGCCGACGUAAUUGAUGCAUGUAGUAGGCAAGUGAUGGAAUGUGACAAAGAUCCGCUGGAGGAGUCAGACAGUGACAAUGAAGUAAGAGGUGAAGUUGCUCCAGCUAUAAAUAAGCUAGAAUCACACACUUCAUCUCAGACCAACUCAGAUUUUAUUUAUGACAGCGAAGACGAAAAGCCUCUAAAAUUACUUAUGACUGGCAAUCAAUCUGAAGUUGUGAGCCCUUUUGAAAAGGAUCAAUGUUCAUUCGAUGACGAUGACGAGUUUAUUGCUGAAGAAAAUACGACUAAAGAAAAAGUUACUGAUCCAAUGUUUUCGCCAGAAGCACAAAUUUUUCCAAAAGGACGAUUCAAAUGUGCUAUUUGUGAACAGCGGUAUUUUACUGCAGCUGGUUUGAAGGCACACAUGGAGGUUCAUUUAGCGAAAAGUUGCAUAACAAAAAAGAAACGUGGACGAAAUAAACAACGUAAAGCUCCAAAAAAAGUUAACAUUAAUGAAGACUGUGAAAACUUGAUUUUGAAUCCAACUAACGAUGAUGAAAAACUUGCCACCGAAGAAACAAAGUAUCAGCAAGAACAGCAAUCACAUGAAAAACCACCUAAAUCGAAAGAACCCAAACCAAAACGCAUGUUUCCGUGUCAUGUAUGCGGUAAACAUAUGAUAUCGGCUUCCAAGCUGCGCUACCACAUGGUAAUGCACACUGGUGAAAAGGACUAUCUCUGCACAAUGUGCCCAAAAGCAUACUCCACGAUUUAUGCGCUUAAGCACCAUAUACGUACACAUACUGGUGAAAGACCGUAUGAGUGUAAGUUUUGCGGAGACCGUUUUCUGCGACCGACCACACUUAAAAGUCACCAGCGCCGUCACACAGGCGAACGUCCUUAUGGCUGUGAUAUAUGUGGUAAACGCUUCAUACAGCACUCGUCGAUGACAACACACAUGAAGCUUAAUCAUAUGGAUAAAACUAUACAAUGUCCGCACUGUGAUAAAAAAUACGCACGUCAAACCGAUUUGAAUACGCAUUUACUUAGUCACACCGGGGAUAAACCGUAUUCAUGUCAGUUGUGCCCCAGUCGCUUUGUGCGCCAAGCAAAUCUCAAUAAGCACAUGAAUCAACAGCAUGCUGAAAAGACUAAUUUAUCCAAAUGCACGCAGCUAAUUGACGAUGCCAAAGCAGAAGCAAAUGGAAGUGUUGCUGUUCCAGACAAAUCACACGACUACACUGUGGGUAAAUUAACUGAUAAAAGUAUGCUAAGUGAAGCAAUGACAAGUGAUUUUGUGGAUAAGUGUUACAAUUUCAACAGAUUCGAACACAUGACUGUCAUAUACUCAACAAAUAAGUCCCCAGCGGCCAUCUAAUUCACGUCUACAUAACUGCAGCUGCACAGUAGCGCCGGCCAGUAAUAAAGUGCCAGUCAGCGCGCAUAAUUGCGAUAUCACAUCUGCAGACGCUCAUGAAGUUUGAUGAAUUUAAACGCAACGUUCUCAAGCCGCGACUAGCAAACGUCACGUCAGCUAAUAAAGUCUGCCAAAAAAUUUUAUGCGAAAUUCGCAAAUCGCUUGCUGCAAUGCAACUUACAGCACUCCACUAAAAUAUAUUAAAUCAUAAAUGCUAUUAUUUUGAAAAAAUUGUUGGCCUGCGCGCUUCGACAAAUUACUGCUAAAUAAUAUAGACAACAAAGCAAUUCGGUGCACAGCAACCACAAAAGCGAAAAUAGAAAAAUACAACAACAAAAAAGGGGAAAAUGGUUGCCGAAAUAUUGCUGCAAGCAUAAGCUGUGCCAACAAAUGCUUAACAAGUUGUCGUUGCCGCUUUAACUGCUGUGCACUUUGCCAAAGUGCGCGUACUUUGGCUCGCGUUCGUCGCUUAAGUCUUUUGUAUCGCUUGAAGUGUGCUGGGUGUUGACUGCUGAAGGUGACUUUCGGCGGCACUUCAUUAUGUUGCUACAGCUGUGGAGGCAUCUGGUGCUGAUUGCCUUGCAGAUAGCUGUAUUUGUUGUUGUUGUAAGAUAUUUUUACUAUUAUUGAUAUAUUUUAUUGUUGAAUAAAUU